AUGAGAAUAUAUACACUUAUUUUAAUUUGCUUAAUAAAUAUAGGAUAUUCUCUAUCUAUUUAGAUCAAUAAUAAUCCAACUUGCUUUUAUGUAAAAUCUAACGAAAACCAUUGUUAAUUGAUAGUGAAUUUUCAAGUUUCAGGAAUGGAUGAGGAUAAAACAGAAAUAAUCAUAAAAUCUGAAAAUGCUGAUUAAUUGCUGCAAAAAACGAAUGGAAAAGAAGGAUCUUUAAAACAAACAUUAAAUGAAUUAGGAACAUAUUUUAUUUGUUUUAGAAGUCUGAAUAGAAGUUAUAAAACAGUCAGCUUUGAUUUUGAUCUAGAUGGAGAUGAUAAAGAGUAUGCUUAAUCUGAACAAUUUAAUUAAAUGUCUAAAGAAUUAUCUAGAACUAAUAGAAACUUUUAAUCAAUCUAUAGAAAUCAAAAUUGGAUAACUGAUAGAGAAAACUCUCAUAAGAUUAGUAAAAUUUUAAUAAUAUUUUUAAUUAGUUUUAGAAAACACUUAAAAUUCGAUUUAUUUGUGUGGGAUCGCAAAAAUAGGAGUAUUAAUAUUGAUUACAGUAAUGUAAACUAUUUUUGUGUACAAAUUUUUCAAAGGAAUAGACGUUAGUUCACAUUCUAGUUGUUGA